AUGACUACAGCCCCAGAGCGCAAGAAGCUUGCACCACGUACCACGUCGGAAAGACUCCCUUGGCUGACUCACAAGUCUGCUCGGAUCGUGACUGCAGCCUUGACAGAUGGUCAGAACAAUGAUCAUCAAAGCCCUGCUCAAUCACCGUCAACCAUUCGUCCUUCUGGCCGCAAAGUAUUUGUUACAGGUGCUUCGACACCUGCUAUCACGAGCAAACCGAUGGCGCGACACAAUCGACUGGUGCAAGCAGCUGAGCGCCGACUGUCGUCAGCGGUCCCGAGCAGCCCAUCUCCAGUAACAAAGCACCGACUAUCCCAGGCGCGUCGAGCCUCGCUGGCAAUUGACGCAGUGACUCCAUUGAGAGCAGCACGAGCGUCUAUACCGCAGUCACACGAAUCACAGAAGAGACGUUCUAUCGUACAUGCCAAGAAAGACGAUGAAGAGCCAGAACAAAGCGAUCUUUAUGAACCUCGCCCUCGAAUUGACAGCCUGGCGCCCGUUCCUGAUCAUCUCCAGCAGUCAAGCACUUCAGAUUCAAGCAGCACGCCUCCUGCGACCGUAUCGGGAGUAAAUAUAUCCCCCAAUCAACCGGCACCGAUACCUAGUACAUUCGUGGGAGCUAUGGAUAGGAGUAUCAACAACAUGGUUGAAGGUUUAGAGGCUAUGGUUCAAGAAGCGGUCGAGGUUGCUGAGGUCGCUGAUGAUCGAAGUCAAGUGGAAGAACUGUGCAUAAUCAUUGAGGGAGCGAAGGGCGCUGUGCAUGAUGCUUCCCCCGAACCUGGAUUUCUCAUGACAACCGCACUUCCUCUUAAGGUGUCUGACUCUUCAAGCUCAUCUAGUCGCCACCAGAAUCUACAGCCGUCUGCCAUCGUCCAGCGAGGUGGCAUAGAUGAUGUCGCUCCCAAUGUCCGGCUGCCACAAGAUGUACCAAGAGCCUCAGUGUCCUACGAUUGGGCAUACGCGAAUCCAGGCGUUCGAAAGCAAGAUGGUUCGUCUACUUCGUUAUGCUCGUCCAGUGAUCAUGAAAGCGAGCGAGACCAUGUCGAUUUCGACACGCGAAGCGAUCUGCUCCUGCCAAAGCUGGCUCAAACAGCUCCAAGAGAACACGUCGAUUUCGUUCUUCGUCCUGUAGGUAGAGACAAAUCUCGCGGUCGGUCUCGCCAACGCAUCACUGAUAACAUUGCGGUGCGUCGAAAUCGCCGCUGUCGAAGCCACGAGCAUACAUCGAGACCUAAAACUCGGCUUGGGCCAAGGGAUGACUCGGGCUUCGGUGAGGGAGAUACCUCUUUGGAUGAGGACGACAGGCUGUCGAAGCCAUAUGGCACCGAACUUACGGUACGAGGACAAUCCCACCAUCACACGUUUGGUCUUCGACGACAUCACCGCAGACAGCCAAUUGCACGAAAUUGGUCUGCAGGUAAGAAGCGUCUUACUGCGAGUAUUGCGUGUAUCAACACAGCUCUGCUUGGUGUCAUCGUUGGCAUCUAUGCGGGUGAAGUGCCUCGCAUACAGUAUUCCCUGGCGGACGAACGCCACGUCACGAUCAUAGGUAAUGCAGUAUUGUACGCUGGGCUUGCUUUUUCGACCUUCUUUGCCUGGACACUACCCCUCCUACAUGGACGCAAACCCUAUGUCCUCGCUGCUCUCGCAAUCGCCUUGCCACUCCAAUUUCCCCAAGCAAUUGUCGUCAGCGGCUUCCGCAACAAGGACGCGAAGUAUCGUGUCGGCCUUUUACUUUCUCGUGGCUUAUCUGGGGUCGUUCUCGGAUUUGCAAAUGUCAAUUACAUCACUGUGUUGCUUGACCUCUUUGGGGCUUCUCUACAAUCCAAAAACCCUCAUCAAGAGUUCGUUGUUGCAAACGAUGUCCGUCGCCACGGUGGAGGUAUGGGCAUGUGGCUGGGGCUUUGGUCAUGGUGCUGGAUCGGGUCUCUGGCCGUCGGCUUCCAAAUCGGGGCUGCGAUCAUCGAAAAGCUGACACCGGACUGGGGGUUCUAUAUUGUCGUGGUGAUCCUCGCUCUUGCCUUGAUCUUAAACAUCAUGACUUCAGAAACGCGACGCGCACCAUUCCGGAAGUCGGUGACUGAGGUAUAUGACAGAGACGAGAACUACAUCACAAGGCGUGUGAGCAGGGGUGAAGUGAAAUUGCACAUCGAAACCGAAGGACCGAAGUAUUGGUUCGAGGAAGUAUGGGCGGGUAUACAGCUUAUGGCAAUGAUGCUGUGUCAACCUGGCUUUCUCGUCCUGGCAUUGUACCUGGGAUGGAUAUAUGCACAGGUCGUCCUUGUGAUCAUUUUGCUAGGUGCUCUCCUGUCGCGAGACUACAGAUGGAAGCCGACAAAGGUGGGCGCGGGUGUUAUAUCCAUAGCUAUCGGCGCCUUGCUUGCGAUCCCCCUAACGAAAGCGGGCAUCUUCUCUCGGGAGCGAAAGAGCGCAUUUCGCACCGACUCCAUGACGUUCCAGAAACAAGUCACCUGGUCAAGCCAUCUUGUCCGCCGCGCAAUCUUCACACUGACACUUCCCCUCAUGGGCAUGGCGUACACUGUCUCUUCGGCUAGGCGCCCUCAACCAUGGCUUGUGCCGAUUGUUUUCGCUGGCGCUGUGGGUUUCCUCAGUAUUCUCGCCAUAGCUGAAUGCCACGGCCUGAUGAUGGAAACGUUCGAUACAUGUGACCUACAACCUGGAGUCAACACACGACAUCGGCUGCAAAGCAUGGCUGUACAAGACCGCAGAAGAAGAACGAAUUACACGUCCUUUCCCCGUGUCACUGCUGGUAUCUUCGCCAGUCAAAUCAUCGCGUUCAUUCUCGCUGCAGUUGCGACUAUAGUCGGCGGAAGCAUGACGCGCAAUCUUGGCGCACAAAAGUCCACAGGGACAACGGCAGGCAUCCUCUUUGCUCUCACUGUUCUGCUUAUCUUGGUCCUCUGUCGCUUCAAGUCGGUACAGGUCAUACCGAACCAUACGUUUGGAACUAGACGCGACACGGCAGCCUGGCAAGAGUUCAAAGACCUGGAGAAGGUUGGGCGUGGCAGCGACUGGAAGGCUGUGGUCAUUGGAAAUCCGAGUGGCAAGAUGAGGAGAAUGAGUGUGCUUGAGUUGGGAGCACUGAGUCGCUGGACAGAGAUCCGGAAGCUAAACUUUCUGAUCAAGGGAGUCAUGUUGGGACAGGCAAAGGAGAAGAAAGACAUGGGAGAUGGUUGGUGAAGGUGUUCAGGCAUGUUUGAGUAUUGCUGGAGAGGUGUUGAUUGGGUAUCAGAGAGCAUUGACCUGAGAGUAUACUAUAACAACGAAAGCGCAUUACCCAAG